AUGGGGGUGGGCCCGCGGGAGCUUUGAAACGGCGGCAGCGCGCUGAGGCGGCGGAGCUGCCAUGGCCACCAAGCGGCUGGCCAGGCGGCUGGGGCUGGCGCGGAGCAGCGGGCGGACGCGGAGCGGGGCGCGGGCGGGCGCGGGGCAGCGCUUCGCCUUCCUGAUCGUCCUGGACUUCGAGGCCACGUGCUGGGGAGACCGCGACCGGCGCGGGCCCGAGAUCAUUGAAUUUCCAGCAGUUCUGUUAAACACCUCAACAGGAGCCAUUGAAUCUGAAUUCCACAUGUAUGUGCAGCCCCAGGAGCAUCCUAUUCUCUCUGAAUUCUGUACAGAACUAACUGGCAUAACACAGAAUCAAGUGGACCAAGGGGUGCCUCUCAACAUUUGCUUAUCACAGUUUAUGAAAUGGAUCCAGAAGAUACAGAAGGAGAAGAAAAUUAUGUUCAGUACAGACAGUCAGAGUAAUGCUACUUCAGAAGCAAAAGCGUGUGCCUUUGUUACAUGGACAGACUGGGACCUGGGUGUGUGUUUGCACUACGAGUGCAGGAGGAAGCAGCUGCGCAAACCCGACAUUCUGAAUUCCUGGAUUGAUCUCAAAGCGACCUACAGGGCCUUCUAUAACAGAAAGCCUAAGGGGCUCAAUGGAGCUUUGCAGGAUUUGGGGAUAGUGUUUGAAGGACGGGAACAUUCUGGGUUGGAUGAUUCCCGGAACACUGCUCGUCUUGCUUGGAGGCUGAUUUGUGAUGGAUGUGUGCUGAAAGUUACUAAAUCUUUGGAUAAGGCACAUCAGAAGAGUAAUUUAAUUUCCAGAACACUGACUGUAAAUGUCACUGACAAGACUCCACUGGGAAGUAAGAGCAGACCUGAAACAUCUAGAGAUGGAACUUGUGAAACGAAACCUCUGGCUGAGAACAAACACAAGGGUAUUGCUGGAAACAAGAUAAAUUCUAAUCUCCAGGCUGGGGAGCAGCAGAUCCCUUGCACUGAUCCCUCUGCAGAUGUCUGUGUUGUACCCAGCAGCAGCUCGAGGACUGAAUUCCAUGCUCGAUGCCAAAGCUCUUCAGCAGCAUCUCCUGACAGGUUUCCUGCUCCCCUGGGUCAGGCACAGCCAUGUCCCAGCCCUGCACCAGCAGGAAUCCAGCAGGGUCUGAGCAUUGGGCAGCCUCUGAGAACAGCCAGGCCCAGCCUCCCAGCACAGGGGUCAGGGCUGGUGCUGGUCUCCACCACCAUCCCCUCAGUCACUGUCUCCACUGGGGACAUCAGCACCAGCUCUGAGUGCCUGUCUCUGCUGACAGACUGGGAAGAUGUUGCUUUGAUACCAGAAUCUCAAUAUGAACAAAAUCCAGACUUUGUUCAGCUCAAGGAUGACUCAAGUACAGACAGUCUAACAGUGUCAGAAGAAGAAACUAUUUCAAAACAACUGGCUGUGACAAGUUCAGAUAAUCAGAGUUUGGAGGAAAGUGUGGCACCCAUGGAACCUCUGAGGUCUGUUGUUUACAAAAGUCCUGAUACUACAAUCUAUAAUAUAGGGACAGUUCAAAGGCAGACUUCAAAAUUUUCAGCUUUCAAGUUACCAUCUGCAAAGGGAAAUGCUGUUCCAGCACAAUCAGCAUUAACUGGAAAUUACUCUACUCCUUUAGAGGCUCCUAAAAGAAAGCCAACUAGUCCAAAAACAUGCCCACCAGCAAAAAAGCAGUCUUUUCAUAUAUAUCAAGAGAAAACUUCCUCUUUUGAUCACUCCUUACCUUGGAGAAGUUCAAAUUUGCCCAGAGUAUUUCCUGCAGUGCUGAACUCCACAGUCAAUCUGAAUGAGCCUGUGAGAGCUGUGAGAAAUGGAAAAUCAACUCCCCCUCUGUGUAACUGCGGCCGAAGAGCCAAAAAACUCUCUGUGUCAAAUGCUGGCCCAAAUCAUGGCAGGGCAUUUUAUUGCUGUCCUGUUGGCAAGCAAGGAGGAAAUAAGAAAAGUUGUGGAUACUUCAAGUGGGAAUAUGCACUUCUGAAAGAGAAAUCUAGUGGUCUCACCUUUAAUGCAGAUGCUUUGACCUCUCUUGGAACUGUUCCUAGUAAUUCAGAGAAUUCUUCCAACAAAAAAUAUUGGUGUCUUAGACCCUCUAUGAGAACUUGA